CAAUUAAGUACCUGGGAAUUGUUCAGGAGAGAGGUGGCAUGAUGAAGAUUUCUCCUGCUUCUUUCAUCUCACCUCAAAACUCUCUGCAAAGUGUUGAGUGCAUGAUAUCUGGAUAUUUACUCAAGCAUGAUGUUACGCUGAAGUUCUUCCACUGCCGGACCCCUGUGGUCCACCCCCAAUGCCCGGUUUGGCGGUGGAGAUAUGACAACAUAGUCACCUCCAGCUACAAAGUACCGCUCUACAGAGUACUGAAUGCAAUCAUAUACUGUGUACAUUUGCUCAUUCAUCCUUGUGCAUUUGACCGGGAGCAUGAGAGUUCGUCAAAGGAAUGCUGCUACACACUCGACAGUGGCACUAUCCCGCCGAGACCGUGGUGCAACACUGGUGACACGAUUCGUACACAGCAAGUGGCGCGGUGUAUCUCGACCCCUGUUCAAACAGCAUCCCAGUACAACCAAAUCAUCUUGCAACGAAGUUCCCAGGUUCAAUGAAAGCCUGGACUAUCACAAGAUCCAUUGCACCACCAUAUAUACCACACCAGACACAAAGCCUUCGCCAGUACUAGGCAAACACCCUGCUAGCUGACACCCGUUCAUGUUAAUCAGCCAUCAGUGCUCGGAGACAAAGACACGCAAUUCACAUACGCCUACUAACAUUCUCACUAAAAACCAGUUACCCACAUAUUCCCACACCUUUCGGAACCCCCUUGGCCCUUUCGCUAUCAUGUGAACAUUUCCUCUGACAUCGCACGAACCACUCAACCUUCCCAUCCCCCUGUUAUACCCUCUUCACCCAGCAUCUUCCAACGAGCAAGCCCGGCUAGCUCAAUCGGUAGAGCGUGAGACUCUUAAUCUCAAGGCUGCGGGUUCGAGCCCCGCGUUGGGCUGUUC